AUGGCGCGCGGGUCCACCCGCGGGUCCAACCCGCGGUCGGAGCCGGACGGGAAGGAGAACGCGAUCGUCGUCAAGAGAGGCAUGAUCCAGCGCAUCGAGUGCGACAACUUCAAGUCGUACAAAGGCCAUCAGGUCAUCGGCCCGUUCAAGCAGUUCACGUCCAUCAUCGGGCCCAACGGAAGCGGCAAGUCGAACCUCAUGGACGCCAUCUCGUUCGUCCUCGGCGUGCAGUCCGCGCAGCUGCGAGGGACGCAGCUGAAAGACCUCGUCUACGCGUUCGACGUCGCCGACAGAGAGAAGAAACGCGCGGCGUACGUGCGUCUGGUGUACGAGACCGAGGAGGGCGAAGAGAUUGUCUUCUCGCGGCACAUCACCCCCGCGGGAACGGGCGAGUACCGCAUCGCGAACAAGGUGGUCACCGCGGAGGCGUACAACGACCGACUGAAAGACUUUGGCAUUCUCGUCAAGGCGAGGAACUUUCUCGUGUUCCAGGGCGACAUCGAGAGCGUCGCGUCAAAGUCGCCGAAGGAUCUCACGUCUCUCGUGGAGACGGUGAGCGGCAGCGAGGAGCUCAAGAAGGAGUACGAGCUCGCGCGCGUCGCGAAGAAGGACGCGGAGGACGCGCAGCAGGUGGCGUUCACGAAGCGCAAGGGUUUGCAGACGCAGCGCCGGCAGAUGAAGGAGCAAAAGGAGGAGGCGGAGAAGCAUCUGCGGAUGACCAAGGAGCUCGAAGACGCCAAGGCUGAGCGCGCGCUGUUCAAGCUGUUCCACAUCGACUUCGACGCGAAGCGGCACGAGGACGACAUCGCGGAGGCGUCCGGCGCGCUGAAAGAGCACGAGGCGAGGGUCGAGGCGUGCGCGAAGGACGUGGAGGAGAAGCGGUCGCUCAAGGCGACGCACGCGAAGAAGCAGCUGAUGCUGGAGCGUAAGGCGCGUUCUCCUCGCACUGGGUCCCUCGGUUUCAAUCCCCGCCCUCGACGCCUUUCAACUCCGCUUCUGACGCCUUUAACUCCACCCCGACGUCGCUUCGCGUGGACCCUCGACCCUAAUAAGAUCGCCAAGCACAAAGCCGACGGCGACAAGAAAAAUCCGCACGCGGUGCGCGUCAAAGAGGAGACGUCGCGGACGAAGAAGAGGCUCGAGCUCGCGACGAAGCAGCUGCAGCGGCACGCGCAGGACGCGGCGGAGAGCAAGGCGGACGUGGAGCGCCUCACGCGCGACCUCGAGAACGUCAACGCCGCGGAGAAGGCGUUCGAGAAGGACUUCGCGGAGAGACAAAAGAAGAAGAACAAGGACGGCGGCGACCUCGAGCUCGGCGCGAAGCAGAUGGACGAGUACAACCGACGCAAGGAAGAGGCUGGCGCGAAGACGUUCAAGCUGCGGCAAGAGCGCGACGGUCUCGCGGCGGCAGCGGCCGCGGAGGAGCUGACGCGCGCGCGGCACGCGAGCAAGGUUGACGAGCUCGCCGCGCGGCUCGCGGUGCUCGACGAACAGCUCGAGAGCGAACGGGCGCGCGACGCCGCGCUCCGAGACGGCGAGGCGAGCACGACGGCGGAGCUCGAGGACGGGCGCGAGCGCGAGAAGGCGAUCACGGACGAGAAGCGCAAGUCGCGCGCGAAGCAGGAGAACCUCGCCGGGAAGGUGGAGGAGCUCAGCGGGAAGUUGCGCGAGGCGAAGGCGGACCGGAAGGAGUCGGAACGCGAGACGCGCGCGGCGGAGGCGGUGACGUCCUUGCGUCGGAUGCUCCCGGGCGUGCACGGGCGCGUCACGGACCUGAUCAAGGUGUCGCAGAAGAAGUUUAACCUCGCGGUGAUCACGGUGCUCGGGAAAGACGCGGACGCGGUCGUCGUCGACGACGCGGCGACCGCGAAGGAGUGCGUGCGGUAUCUCAAAGAGCAACGCAUCGCGCCGAUGACGUUUUUACCCGUCAACCAGCUCAAGGUGUUCGAACCCGACGAGCGCCUGCGUCACCUCGGCGGCACCUCGAAGCUGUGCGUCGACGUCGUGUCGUUCGACGAGAGCGUGAAGCGCGCGAUGAUCUACGCCAUGGGCGGCGACACGCUCGUGUGCGACACGCACGAGGAGGCGAAGAGGCACUCGUUCGGCGCGGGCGACCGGCGCCUGAAAGUCGUUUCGCUCGACGGCACGAUGAUCAAGAAGAGCGGCGAGAUGACGGGCGGGAACUCCGGGUCGCUGGAGGCGAAAGCGUCGAGGUUCGACGCGGAGGAGAUCGAGCAGCUGCGCGCGGAUCGCCAGGCUGCGGAGGAGUCGCUCGCGAAGAUCAAGCCCGUCGCCGCGCUCAUCGCGGAGGAGCAAGAGUCGGCGGCGCGAUUGGCGAGGCUCGAGAAGGACCUUCAAUACGCCGCGGUGGACCGCAAGAUGUGCGCGGAGAAGAUCGAGAAACUCACCAAGGACGCCGCGAACAUCAAGCGCGAGCUCGACGCGACGUCCCCGGAGCUUAAAGCCGCGGAGAAGGCGUGCGAGAAGGCGGCGGCGGCGGUCGAGGCGGUGGAGGCGAAGAUUCACGCGGCUGAGGACGCCGUCUACGCCGAGUUCAGCGCCUCCGUCGGCGUCGCGAACAUCCGCGAGUACGAGGAGAACAACCUCGCGAUGCUGCAGCUCGGCGCGGAGGAGCGCGCGAGGUUCACGACUCAGCGCGCGAAGCUCACGGAGCAGCUCAACUACGAGCGGUCGAGGGACACGGAGGGGCCGAGGGCGAGAGCCGCGGCGGACAUCGAGCGGUUUGAAAAAGAUCUCGAACGUUUACUCGCCGAGGCGGAGAAGGCCAAGGCGGAGGCGGAGGAGCGCCGCGAGACGCUCGAGGCGUGGGAGCGAGAGGCCGCGGAGGCGAAGGCUGACGCGGAGGCGGUCGAGCAGGAGGUGAAGGACGUCCGCCAGAGGCUCGGGGUGUUGUCGCAGGAGGGCGCGAAGUUGCAGCGGCUCGUCGGGAACAAGAGGAGCGUCGUCGACGCGUUGAGAGAGUCGAGGGCGGACAUCAUCGCCGCCGCGCGGAUGGAGCGGAUCAAGCUCCCGCGCGCGGAGGACGACGAGGGCGGAGACGACGACGACGACGUUCUCGCGCUUCCCGCGCCGGUGAAGAAGCUCACGAGCGGGAUGGACGACGACGACGACGACGACGACGGAGAAGUCGACGCGGACGCGAUGGAGGCGGACGAGGAGGAGCGAAGGAAAAGCGCCGCGGGGUUCCGCGAAGCCGCGUUUAAGACCAAGCUGGAUUACGACGGUCUCGCGCCGCGUCUGAAGCAAGCGCCGCGGCCGUCUGACCGCGAGCGCAUCGACGAUGAGCUCAGGGCGAACGUGGAGAAGAAACUGACGCAGCUCGAGCGUUUAGAGCCGAACAUGAAGGCGAUCGAUCAGUACGAGGGCAUCAAAGAGAAGGAGCGCGCGCAGACUGAGGAGCUCGAGGAGUGCCGGAAAAAGACGAAAGCCGCGCACGACGCUUUCGAGCGCGUCAAAUCCGAGCGCGCGUCCACGUUCAUGGCGGCGUACAAACACAUCUCGGACGCGAUCGAUAAGGUGUACAAGGAGCUCACGAUGUCGCCGUCGCAUCCGUUGGGUGGGACCGCGUACCUCGCGCUGGAGAGCCUCGAGGAGCCGUACAACGCAGGGUUGAAAUUCACGGCGAUGCCGCCGACGAAACGGUUCCGCGAGAUGGAGGCGCUGUCCGGCGGCGAGAAAACGAUGGCCGCUCUGGCGUUACUUUUCGCGAUCCACUCGUACAAGAGCAGCCCGUUUUUCGUCCUGGACGAGAUCGACGCGAGCCUGGACAAGACGAACGUUGAGAAGAUGGCGCGGUUCAUUCGCAACCGGUCGCACGGGCUCGGCGGAGGCGCCGACGGCGCGCCGUGUCAGUCCAUCGUCAUCUCCCUGAAGGAUUACUUCUUCGACAAGGCGGACUCGCUCGUGGGCGUGACGAGGGACGUGCACGACGCGUGCUCGAGGGUUUUGACGUUCGACUUGGAGCCGUACGGCGAGCCCGAGGAGUGAGCGGAGCGAGGAGGAGGCGGGGAGAAGACUCGACUUUAGUAGACCGCGACCGCGAUCACGACGACGACGACGAGAACGAGAGGGAGAGACGGAAGAAGAAGAAGCGUUCGAACGCGUUCGCGACGAAAGAGAAGAAUGAAGAAUAGGACGCGCGCGGGAUGCGAGACGACGCGACGACGAUCUCGCGCGCGCGAAGAGUAGCAAGCUUUGUUUAUACAGCGCACGAUACGAAGUCU